AUGGUGCUUGCUCUCUCUGCCAAGAACAAACUCGGAUUUGUUGAUGGUUCCAUUGCAACCCCUGAUCCGUCCAUGGUAGAUCAGUUCAAUGCUUGGGCUCGUGCCAAUAAUUUGGUGAAUUCUUGGAUUCUGAAUCCAGUUUCCAAAUAUAUUGUUGUCAGCUUGCUUUAUCAUACUUUUGCUAUCAAGACUCAAUCUGGUAAUCGCAAGAACAUGCCUUUGUGCAGUUAUUGUAAAAUUCUUGGUCAAUCGAAGGAUAGAUGUUACAAAUUGCAAGGUUAUUCAAGAGUGGCUCACACAAAUUCGACGGUUUCUCAACAAGAUUCUUCUUUGAUUAGUGAUGUUUUCACACCUCAGCAAUGCCAGCAAUUAAUUGUUAUGCUUACAUCUCAGCUUCAAAAUGCUUCAUCUUUGGACGUUCCUUCCACGUCCAUAAAUAAUACCAUGCAAGGUAAGCUUUUAUCACAUAUGGACAAUUUAUCUCUUGGAAAGUCGAAUUAUUGGAUUAUAGAUUCUGGAGCUUCACAACAUGUUUUGUUAUUCCAAGUCUCUUUUGAAUCUUUAUUUCCUAUCACAAGUUGUCCAGUUACUUUGCCUGAUAGGUCUACAAUACCAGUCAAAUUUGUGGGAACAUUCAGAUUCUCUCCUGAUUUUGUUUUGUAUGGUGUAUUGUUUGUACCAGAUUUUCAAUUCAAUCUACUAUCAGUUAGUGCCUUGUUAAGCAAUUCUGAUUUUAGUGUGUUGUUUUGCAAAACAAAUUGUUUGAUCCAGGACCUUCUUCAUCGAGUGAUUGGGAAGGGUGAGUUGUUUCAAGGUCUCUACCUGCUGCAGAUGUCUUCUUGUGCAUCUAGUUUUCCUUGUAAUAUUGUUUCUAGUGAUUCGUUCAUUGCUUGGCAUAACAAACUAGGUCGUCCUAGUUCCCAUGUUCUGCAUUUUCUUAAAGAUGUUUUAUUUCUAAAAACUGUAAAAGCGAGAGAUCCUUGUCAAAUAGAUAAAUUUUCUCCUCGUGCUUUACCUACUGUGUUUCUUGAAUAUCCUCCAGGUGUAAAGGGGUAUCGGGUUUAUGUGCUAAAAACUCAUAAGUUUAUGGUUUCUCGCAACGUGGUAUUUCAUGAGAACAUUUUUCCAUUUCAAAACGUUCAGUUGCCUGAUCAUUUUGUUGAUGUUUUCCAGGAUUUUUGUUUACCACACAUUGUGCGAGAUUCGGUUGAUCACUCACAUGUUUUCGAAACUCAACAUACACAUAAUGAUUCAUUGCUUGAGGAGCAAACCAAUCAUGACAUUAUUGUGGAGGAACACAAUGUUUCGUCUGGUGUUGAUGAUGUUUCUGGCGAAUCAGAUUAUUUGUCUUCUUCGAGGUUGUCCUCUGAGUACAAUGGUUUCGUUGCCAACAUUUCUUCUCAAUGUGAGCCAUCCUUUUAUCACCAGGCUGUCAAGUCUUCCGUUUGGAGAGAUGCUAUGGAUGAUUGUAACACCCCAAUUUAG